CGUUGGGAAGCCGGUUUCCGGAGUCUCUUUUUGUCACCGGGUCUUAGCGGCGUAGAGGUGGCGGUGGCUAUGAGGCAGAAGCACUACCUUGAGGCUGCGGCGCGGAAACUACAAGAUAGCUGCCCGGGCCAGGCCCGCUAUCUCCUCUGGGCCUACAGUUCGUCACACGAUGAUAAAAGCACUUUUGAAGGAACAUGCCCAUACUGUUUCCAGUUGCUGGUUCAGGAUAAGUCUCGAGUACGUCUCAAACCCAAACCCAAACUGACACCCAAAAUACAGAAACUUCUUAAUCGAGAAGCAAGAAAUUAUACACUCAGUUUUAAAGAAGCAAAAAUUUUGAAAAAGUACAAAGACUCCAAAAGUGUAUUGUUGAUUACUUGUAAAACAUGCAACAGAACAGUUAAACAUCCUGGUAAAAGUAGAAGCUUUCUGUCAACAUUGAAGAGCAAUCCUACCACUCCUGCGAGUAAACUCGGCCUAAAGACCCCAGAGAGACAGACUCUAAGUUCUGCAAAACUAAAUCAUGAUAUGUCUGGUUCCAAAGCCAAGAGCCCAGCAUUGAUUUUCAGAACAGCUACAUCUGGACAGUCAACACCCAUUUGCUCCUCAAAGAAUGUGAGCAAAACAAAGAAACACUUCUCUCAACUAAAAAUGUUGCUUAGUCAGAGUGAAUCUGAAAAGAAUCCAAAGGUGGACUUCAGAAAUUUCUUAUCUUCUUUGUAAAGGAUGGACUAUGAAAAUAAGAAAUGUUUAUUGUAAUUUCUGAAACUAAAGUUAGUCAGCAAACCUGCUUUUUUAAGAACUUAUUUAUUCUUAAAAUACAUGGAAACUAGGGUUCAAGAGCAAACUUUUCUUGGCAUUCUUCAGUGUUUAUGGAGAAAAUACCUCAUUAGAAUGAAAAACUGAAACCUGCCUACCUCACCAGGUGAUUGUGAGGAUCAAAAAUAUAUGAAAGGUCCUUGUAAGUAGUAAAGAUACAUAUGGA